AUGCCCAAGAAGAGCUACACCCUCCUCUCCCCCACCGGGCCCUACCAGUCCCCCAUCCCCGGAACGCUAGGCGGGCACCGCCGCCUCAAACUCUUCGGACGGCUCGACUGUCCCUCCGCGCUGCGGGCGCUCGCGCGCGGGGGAUACAAGACGCCCCGGGUCUUCUUCCUGCACGAGGGGGACGCGUGGGGGGCUGGGUACAGGCCUUGUGGCGUUUGUAUGCGGGACAAGUAUCUCGUGUGGAAAGCCGCGCAGGCUGAGCGCGGUGGUAGCCUUCCAGCGAGGAGCAAGCCCAGCGCGACUCGGAGGAGGGGCGCCAGUGCCCUCGAGGUCGUGGGUACUGCGGCUACCACUCUCAAGGUCGCCUAG